GAAGCAUUCGUGAAAUAACAAUCGUCGAAUUUGGUUAAUCAGGACGAGCUCAGGAAGAUUAGACAGUGAAUCACCAAAUGCCAAACCCAUACUAUUUAUAUCAUCGUCGAUAAACUUUAUUUCCCAUAAUUCCUUCUCGUCAUACAAAAUGGAGGACCUUGUGGUCGAGGUCUGCGGCGCUAACGGGGCAUAUUACAAGGCCUAUGUGAAAAACAUACAUGAAGAAACAAUCACUGUGCAAUUUGAAAAUGACUGGCAGCCAGAACAACAGAUCAAGUUCAGUUGUGCAAGGCUUCCCCCAAAGAUGGUUGUGAAAAGGACAGAUUAUGUCGAAGGUGAAAUGGUGGAGGUAUUUUCGCGAGCCAAUGAAGCAGAGGAGUUUGGUUGGUGGCAAGCCCGUGUGAAAAUGCUCAAAGGAGAGUUUGCAGUGAUGGAGUUCACAGGGUGGGACACAUCAUCAUAUACAGACAUCGUCCCUCUGGAAAGGAUCAGGACAAUUAAUCCAAAUAAACCUUUAAUGAAAACUAGCUUUAACAAGUACGUCAUAGAAGUUCCUAUGGAUUUACGUGAAAUUUGUAAAGAUGAAAAUGCUCACACAGAAUUUAAGAAGCACUGUAAUGCUGUGUCUGUGGCCUACAAUGAUAAUGAUGGUACACUGGUUGUGUUGUCCACAAGUGACUCCGUCAUCAAGCGGGCUACCAUGUUAGGUGAUAUGCACCUGAGAAACCUUAGACAGAAGCUGUUGCUGAAACAGAGGACAGAGGAGGCUGUCAAACGGUUACAGAAUACUAAGAUCCGGUCAGGGUACAUGGAGGAGUUCACUGUACGAGAAGACCUAAUGGGGCUAGCAAUUGGUUCACAUGGAGCUAACAUUCAGCUAGCUCGACGUGUCGACGGAAUCACAGGAAUUGAACUCGAUGAAAACACAUGUACAUUCAAGGUUCAUGGAGAUUCACAAGAAUCUGUCAAAAAAGCUAGAUGUAUGCUAGAAUAUGCAGAGGAGACAUUUCAAGUUCCCAGAGAGCUAGUUGCUAAAGUUAUAGGCAAGAACGGUAAAAACAUACAAGAUAUCGUGGACAAGUCAGGAGUAGUGAGAGUUAAGAUUGAGGGCGACAAUGAAAGUGAGACUCUCCGAGAGGAGUAUGACGAUUGGAGCUCUCAGGUCCCCCUGACUGGUCAAGUGCCUUUUGUAUUUGUUGGAACUUCUGAAAGUAUAGAGAAUGCUAAAAUUCUUUUAGAAUAUCACUUAGAUCAUUUAAAGGAAGUAGAACAAUUACGUAAAGAAAAGUUAGAAAUAGAUCAACAAUUAAAAAGUUUAUCAGGUGCACAGCCUGGCCCUUACUUCCCUCCUCCGCGGGAACGAAGAGAUGGCAAUGAUCCCUACUCUGAUGAGCGUGGUCGGCGGAGAUUGUCGGGAGGUCGAGGUGGUAGGGGUCGUGGUCCUGGGCGGCGUUGGGCCAAUGAGAGACGAAGCUUGAUAUCAGGAGACGAGAGCGGCCAUAAUGUGACGGAUUGGUCAGCAGAAGUGACGGCAGAGGAACAGAAGCAUACAGGGUACCUUACCGACAGUGUUUUAAGUGGUCGAGGUCGAGGAGGCCGUGGUGGGCGAGGCCGGGGACGUGGCUACAGUGGCUAUCCUUCCUACAGGACUGUUGCAUAUGACUCGGAAGAUCCCAGGGAUCAAAGGUCACGCAGGCGUAUGACAGAUGAUGAUGAUACUGUCCUUGACAAUGCAAGUGUAAACAGCCAGGAUCAAGGUAUACAUGAUGAGCGACGGCCAGAGCGUAGGCGUCGGAGGAGGAGGAACAAGUUCCGUGGCAGCAGUAGUGCUGCCUCUGGCACAGAAACAGACAAUAGUGUAUCUAAUUACCGCCCUGGGGGUGGACCCAGUGGUCCCCGUCCUGGGAGUGGGCCUGGUGGUCCCCGUCCGGGGGGCAAUAAUGGCAACAACAUGGUUAAGACUGAGAACUCUAAUAUGUCUAAUCAGGUGCCCCGCCCAAAAGUUGAAUCAGUCACUUCCCCAGCAUCAGCCCCGCCUCCGCGGCAGACACAGUCUCCCUCUCGUCAGUCACCUGGUCCUGGUAAAUCCUACCCCCAGUCUGGCAGCAAACCCAGCACACCCAGUGGCCAGGGUAAAGUGUCACAGGGGCCAUCAAACAAGGGUCCUGCUCCUAAGGAACAGAGGGAGCCCAGGAAGAACGGGAGUGGAACUAAUCAGAGGUUUCCUCCUAAUGCAAGAAAUGGCAAUCUACAAAGUGGAAGUGAGACAGAAUCAAAAGCCAAGGGAAGCUAUCAAAAUGGUAACAACAGCAACAAACCAACUGAACACAUGGUGAAUGGAGAGUAGAUGUAACCUGAGUGGGCGUUGCCAGGAGUGGGUGUGGUCAUAUGCCCAGGGCCACGCCCCCACAUCACAAACAAACUGCUGUCUGUUUGCCUCUGCUUCACACCCGUAGUCACGGCCUCCCUACUUAGUGUUGACAGACCAGACAUGUCACAUCGGACGAGUCUUUAGCACCGGAUUUGAAAUUUAUAGUAAACAUAUAUAAGACUGGACUUACAUCAAUACCAGUGUUCUUGAUAUAAUGUGUCAAAAUGGAUGCACAGAUUGAUAGACAGAAAUUCUCUUUUCUUAUCGAACAUGGACAUGUUUACAUCAGAUGGAAUGAUUUCAUGAACACUGUAGUGAUACAAUUGCUUGAAGCCAUGAAUUCUUUUCAUAUUACCUGUGUAACUACAUAAUGUGUGUAUUUAUGAUAUAUAGGUCAUAUACUGUACAGUGUGUGGGUCAACCUCAGAUCUGAAAGCAGAACGAAGUGGAAAUGUGUGCACAUUAUCUUCCCUUGCUUGAAAAUAUCUAAAGAAGCUGUAAGUAUAGGGGAAGCAUAGAGCUGUAGGAUGCCCUUGGUGAUACAAAAGGUCUUUGACUAAGCAAUAAUGUCCCUGAAGACCAUUGUAAAGAAAGAGGUUUGAUUUAAGAUAGAGGACCUUAGAACGGAUAUUUAUGCCCUGCCUAUUCUCCUCUAUGAAAGGCAAGAUAUCUGAUUUAACAAAUUUGACCCUUUGAACAUUGACAUUACUUUAAAAAAAAAAUUGAUCUGGCAGCAAAAUUUUGUCUGAAUCAAAAUAAUAGCAAAGAUGAAAUUACGUUUGCUUACAUGAGAUUAUUGAUGAAGAUUUUUUUCACAAAUGUCGGACCUGGUUCAGGGUGCUCUGGUCUUCAGGGGUAGAGAAAGGGCUAUAUGUCAAAGUACAUGUGUAGUGAUUGUAGCUUGUUGCUAUAGAAUCACUGAGAAUGGUUCGCUGAUGCAACUGGUAUAGAAUGAAAUGAUUAAAGUGUAUACUUGUACCCUAAUACCAUAGUGUUCUCAUGCUACGUAGUUUUUAAGAUGGCCACAAGUCUUAAUGUGACUUCGGUUAGGUAAACCAAAGUGAGCUGAUGCUGAGGAGUACAGGCCAGGUUAUAAGACAUGGCGAUUACUGAUUUGUCAAUAUGAAAUACAAUUGGCAAUAACUGUUUACAUGUGUCCAGUCUUAGAGGUACAGAAAAGUCCAUCUGUGUUAACAUGUUGAUUAACAACAGUUGGAUAAUGUAAGAAUGACUUAGUGUAGGCAAAGAGAUCUAGGUUACCCGACCGUGACCCCUGGUUAUGGGGGUCGCUGUUUUUGGACGUCCAACACACAACUGUACAAUGUUUAUAAAGAACCUAUCCAUCCCAUCAGACCUAUCAUUGCUGCUACAUGUCUGCGAGCAAAUGUCAGACCAGUGUUCCAUCUCGCAUCAUAUCACGUCACCUUAUAUUCAUAAAUAUUUAAAUAUUUUGUGAAAAAUUGUUUGUGAUAAUUUCAAGAUACAUUUUAGUAUCAAACAGCGGUUUCUAUUGUUAAAGCUUUUGGUGUCAUCAUUUUCUAUUAAUACUAACAACAUAGUUACGUCAAGUUAUUCAUGUAUACCCUGAAUAUUGAAUUAUAAUUUCCAUAUUUAUUUUAAAAUUUUUACUAAUGCAUGCAAGGCUGCAGUAGACUAGAGUCAUAUUUUCAUAGCUUAACAUCUCUGAACUGUGUCAUAGAAAAACAAAAAAAGUGUAUGAACAUCUCAGAUAUAACCCAGUUUUGUCAAUGGAAGUCUGACCUUUGCUCUGAGGCAGUGUAGCAUGUAUUUAACACCUGUUGGCAAAUUAACAGGUAAGUAUCCUGUACCUGUGUUACAACUGUGUGAGACACAGACUCUGGUGUGCAGCUGUACAUGGGAGGUUUUAAGUGUUUGUAUUAUUUAUUAAUGAAGUACAAUUUUAUGAUUAUAGGCCACAUUUUAAACUUUUUUAAACAUUGUUUUAAUUAUCAUUUUAAACAAUUGUCAUUUCCUACCUUUGUGUGUGUGCGUGUGCGCAGGAAGAUAAUUCAAUAUGUCCUUACAGUUCCAGACAAACAUUAAACAAACCGUCUUCUGUGUUCUAGUGUUGUGGAAAAAUGUUUCAAUGUAUUGCCCAAUUUGAUGGUCCCACAACUCAAAAUGUUUUGCAUGACAUCACACCCUAAGUUGUUUCUAGCCCGUCCUAUGCCCGUACACCUGUGAGAUUUUGUAGAUUUUUGGAGGGUUAUACUACUUUGAAUGAAUUGAUUCUACCCACAUUUAUAAUAUCACUUCACAUUGACAUACAGUUACAUUUUGUAUUUUUUUCUUGCAAAAGCAAAGUGUAUUAAACAAGUCUUAUAUUGUGGAAAAUGUAUUUUCCAACUGAUAAGUAUGUGUCAUCAGUCAUAAAGAUUUAUUACCAGCCAAUUUUUCUGAAAGAAUUAAUUACCAGCCUAUUUCUCUGAAAGAAUUAAUGGAUCAUAGGGCUUGUUCGUCUAUGCGGACAAACUGGUUCGUCAGUUUUUAAAUGUUAUAUUUCAAACAAGACUCGUCUGAAAACAAUAUAAAAUCACCAGGUCUGUCUUUAUUUAAUAAAGGAACAACACAGGUCCAACUGGUCCAAACGUUUGGACCGCAAAAACGAAAACGUCCUAGGUCAAAACAUUUCUGGUACAUAUAUAAUUACUGCAAAUCUCACUAAUUCCCUUUACUCUGCCAUAUUUGUAGGUAGGUGAUAAGGCAGCUGUAACCAGAUAAAUUUGUGAGAUUUCGGUGAAACUGAUGAUAAUGUCCAAAAGUCUUUACUUAAGUUUGAUGCCCAGCCAAACUCAUGAAUAUGUUUGGCAAGGUAACGAUUACUGUCAAGUGAAGAAAAUCUGAAACUAUGAUCAGUACCCUUUUAGAAAAGAAAGUCCUUUAAAAAUACAAUCCAACAGAAUGGCAACUUUUUGAAAUUUUGGAAACAAAAAAACUGCUAUAAUGAAUUAUAAUUUACAAGAGACAAACUCUAGACUUAUCAAUAUCAUUUGUUGCAUUUCAUCUAUAAUGCUAUCAAUGUAAGGUGAUUAUGAAUUACUAAGGGAAGUAACUCUGAACCAAAACAUAUUCAGAUAGUAAUAUGAUAAGAUAAAGAUAUAUAAAAGAUAAUAUGGAGAAAACAUGAGGAAAAAAACUGCUUUGAAAAUUGUAUAUUUGCAGUUGUGAUCUGUGUAUUGGUACUUGUUGCUCUAGUUUGCCUGAAUGUUAAGCUGUUUUUGUUGGUUUUAAUAGCUACAUAUAUUACAUACACACAUUGAAUUGUUAUCAAUGAAUGGUAUUAAGUGAUUCAGGCGUUUAUGAUGUAUUAUUCUAAUUAUGAAUCUAGAUCACUUACUUUUGUUCACUUAAACUUAAAUAUUAACUUCCUGUCUCCUGAAGAGAAUCUCAUUUAAAACAAUGAUUUAUGACAUGGAAUAGUUUUGUGACAUCUAAUUUUAAUAGAACAGUGAUUUUAUGACAGUAACUUUAACUGUUCUAAAUGUGGGUAGUUUUAGGGUAUACUCUGUAGUAUCAACUACAUUGUGUGUCAUACAUCCAGAAUUUUUAAUUGUGAUUUUUUGUCUUGGCUUGUUCAAAUGUCAUUAUUAAUUGAUAUACAUGUAAUGAAAUUUUAUUAUGAAAACAUGAACUUAUUUUAUUAGACGACAAUAAGUUGAAUGAAUUACUUCAUUGUCGAAAACAUAUGGUUAUGAUUAAAUCUAGGUUUAUUUCUUUGCAUGUAUUUUUGAGUUAUCUUUCCUUUGGUUUUGCUUUGUUGACAUGUACAGAUUGUAUUGUACAUACAGAGGUGGUGUAACUGUGUUGGUAAUGAACACUCUAGUGUAAUUCAAUCACAUUGUUUGUGUGCUAUUAUCAGUUCUUAAGUGUCUCAUGUUUAGUGAAUAUGAACUUUAAAACACAAUCAUAAUUGGAAUACAAUCAGUGUAAUACAUGUAAUGUAGACAACAAAGAUUUCAGUCACAUCAUCAAAGUUUCUGAAUUUUUAAUCUUUCAAAAGUUUUCUGCUUUAAAAUGAUCAUUUAGAAAAUAAAUAUUUGUUUUGCUUCAGUUUCAAUUUUUGAAACAAUGUAUAAAACUUUUCUAUACAUGUUUGCUGGAUAAAUGUGCAUGGGGUUUUAUUUAAUAGUGGGUUAUGCUCAGACAAGAAUAUGGGACAGAUAGUGAUGUAGUGUAGUAGUGUACAUCUGUAUUUGGAAUCAACUGUUAUAAAUAUAUCGGUCAAAAUUCAGUUUAACAAAGGGUAAAUUCAUGACUUAUUUAACAAGUUGUCUUGCUGGACAGCCUGACUGAUAUCUCAAUUGUGUGUAUGGUAUUUACUUACUUCGGAAAAGAAUAUAUUACACUGUACCCAAUACACUUAUUAGAAUAUACCAGCAGUAUACAAACCUUAGUAGUCCCAAGUGUAAAGGUUAAGGGUCUGAACCUGAGUGGAAGAUUCUUGAGCUGACAAACUAGGCUUGCAGAGGGAUAGAUUUCUCAGAGGGAUAGAUUUCCUAUAUCUUAAGCUCCUGAUGGGUAAACAAAUUCUGAACCUGACAUAUACCUGCUACCUGUCCACUUCCUGCCUUGUGGCACGCAAGGCCUUCACAGAGCUCUUCCACCCCUCCUGGUCUGUUACCACAGUCUGGACUUUGUUUCAUGAUCUCCAACCAUUGUUUUACCUUUCUUUGUCCACCAUUUGCCUCCUCAUCAUCUUUGGUAGUCCUCUUUUCCGUUUCCCUUCUGUGGCCCGGGUCAUGACCAACAACUUUAAGGAAAUCUAACACUGCUAAAAGUGUAGAUACACAUUUCCUGGGUAAGACACAAUAUUGGUCAUUUCAAGGUGAAUUAGUCCCCUACUGGUGAAACUCCAGAGGCUAGGACCAUGUCCAUCUCAUAGACUUGUCUGAGCAUCUGUUGUAUCAUACUUAUUGGCAAUUUUUAGUAAGAUAAUAGAUUAUUUCUUGAAUGGAAGAUGUCUGCGAUCAUAUGUAAUGUACAAAAUCAAGGUUACAAUGAUGUGUUAAAGGUACCAUCUCAAUAUUGUGUGUACACGGCUAUGAUUCAUUGUUGGAUUAUUGAUACAUUUUUACCUUCUACCCAUAUAGUCAAAUGGGAAGACACAAGAAAAAAUAUUGUUUUGGUUGUUAGUUUGGAUUAGCUAAUACUUGUUGGUAAAAAUUCAUAAAUGAUGUUUCCUGUUCAAAUCAAUGCUCCUGUGAAAUAACAAAAAAUAAUUCUGGGGAUCAAAUCAAUUGUGUAACAAGUUUUAUCAACUGGGACAGAACCAUGUGUUAGUAUUGAUAUAGGAUGAAGUUGGAAUACCUGCAAGAAAAACUUGUGUGGUUGGGCAGCUGACUUAAUGCUUUUUUAUAACCAAUCACUGAAUUGAAUCCCAGCCAUAUCAUUGUAGUGAAAGGAGAGAUAGUCUAGGUUUUAAUUCCAACACAGUUUAUAUGCAGUGAAACUUUACACUCAAUUUGACAAACAUAUAUUUUACAAAAGCUAAAAAUCUAAAAUUAUUUUUAAAAUCAGUUUUAAAAUUUGAAUGAAUGUUAUUUUAUAUUUUUGUGUUUAUGUGUUCUUUAAUUGAUUUGAAAUGUUGAAGAAAAGAUUAAUUUCAUAUGGCUUAAACAGAAUCUCUUCCCAAUUGUUGUAGGUUUGUUCGGUCUGGAUAUAAUUUGAUAGUAAGUUCAUUUUUAUCUCCUCUUCAUCAAGCAAACUCAAUAAAAAUGUACCGAUCGUGCAAGAUGGGCAAGUAAAAUAUGUUACAUUCCCUACUCAAAACCAAUAAGUUUUGCCUAUGAUUGUAUGGGAGCUGGAGAGCUGGGAUUUGAGGGAUGUAGAUGUGUUUCAUUUGGCUAAUAUGGGAGUAUUAUACAGUUUUACAGGCCUAUUAAUCUUAUAACAUUUUAGAAUCAAAACUUGGAAGAACUAAAUUGUUAAUGUGCUGCCUUGGCAACAAUUAACCUUUGCAAAAUCCGACCAGAAAACAACACCAGAUCACAAGUCCCAUUCUUCAGAGAACCCUUGACAAAAGGGGCUUAUAACAAUUGGUUACUAAGUAACAAAGGAAAAACAUUUCCCAUUUUACCUGCUUUUAAGGAUUAGGCCCCUGGUCUAAUUUAUGGAAAGUAUUGUGAAGAUAGUCCUAGAGUGUCAUGUCUGCAAUAUAUUAUACAUACUCAUUAGCAGUGGACUUUGCUUUUAUCCUAUUAUAAUGACAAAACAGAUUUAGUCUGGCGAGGACAUCUCUCCCUUAAAGGUACCUCUGUGUCUGACUCGACUGUGUCCCCAUAAUGCUUGCUGUAGACAGGCAAUGCUAUGUAGCAGUGACCACAUAUAACAUGUUUGACAACCCGUCUAGCCAAGGUGUUCAAAGCUAGAGAUUAGCUAAAUUAUAAUGUUAUCCGAAUAUUUCCAUCUAGACAUUUUAUAAAGUUACAUUCAACUAAAAGUAAUGAUUUUGAGAUAAUAAAGAAAAAACAUUUGGCAAAAUUCACCAUUUUUGAAGAAAGAAAAUACCACUUUGGAAAUUUGAAUAAUUAGCGAACUAUCAAAGCUUUGAACAGAUUGGCCAGAAUUGUUGUAUGAUAACAUCACGGACUUACCAACACCCCUAAACAAAGUUAAACAGCUGUUACAGUAGAAGGAUGUUUACUGAGCAUGUCGGUUGUACAUUUGAUUUUAUUUGAUAUUUAGACUUUUGUACCAGAUGUACAUUUCAUUGUUUCAAGGUGGUACUUUUGUAUGUUAGGGCUAUCGUCUUUGACGUUCACAAAAGAUAGUGAUACCAGAUGAAUGCCCUACAGAUGGCUGAAGAAUGUUCUACUAACUUGUAGCUGUACAGUACAAUUACAGUGUUUGAUUUUUUAAGCAAAAUAUGAAAUAGAAUCAUCAACAAUAAAAAAAAUCUAAUACUCAA